GUCGUCGUCUUGCUAUUACUUCCUAUACUAGUAUUCUGCGGUCAGCACGUAUCCACCAUGGACCUAGAUGUGGAUGAUAUUGACCUUUGGGAAGCGGAGCAUGGUGAUGAAUUGCAGGCAUUCGCGGAAAUGGAGUCCGCGACGGCGGGUUUGCAGGAUGCUCAAGACAUUUUUCAAAGCCGACCACACCGACCCACAAACCGCCAGCACAGUAUGUUUAACGCUGACGCUAGAAACCGAAUACAAGACCAACAAGCCGAUUCCAGUCGUCCAAAUCCAUUUUCGUCCUCUCCGCCCCCGUUUUCAUCCCCUAGCGUCGGUCGACCCCUACCCACAUCCAGCAACUACCACACUCUACAGCGAAAGCUAAAAAACGCAUCAUCUCCUUUGCAAUCUCUCCGACCCGGUCCUGCCCUUUACGCGACCGAUACACAAGUAACAGGAUUCAGUUUUGGCGAAAGCUUGGAUGAAUCGAGCUUUGGUGGCAUGGUGGGGAUGCCAGAAUCUUCACCGGCAAAGAGAUCUACAGUCGUCGAAAGUGGAAUGAUGGAUUUGGGUUUUGGCGAUGAUGAUGAAAAUGGGAUCGUAAUGCGUGAAGAUGCAUUGACGGGCGGACAAAAGAAGCUUAUGCCGAGAGAGCGAAAUACAUCUGGAGAUUUGGGAUUUGGAUGGGGAGACGAGGACUCAUCAGAUGGGGAGAUUGAUGGCCUGGCUGCGAGCAAGAGUCCUACCUUGACCUCAACCUUUGGCAAUAACCAGCUAGGAAAUGAUUCCGAUGCGCUGCAAACCACAAACUCUAUAUCCGCACAUGAAGAAAAUGUGCGCCGAGCAUUGAUCGGUGAUAUAUUUGGAAAACGCUCCAUGCUUGGGCAGAGUUUGGAAAGCAGAAAGAGGCCGCUGGAAGGGCAGGAUGAACAGCUACCCAGCAAACGUUCUGUGAUAGACCGUGCAUUCGGUGGAGAUGUUCCCGGUGAUAGGGAUAAGGCGCGAAGCGCCUUGGAAGAAAAGCGGGCGGGCAAGCGUCCGCUAGAAGCUAGGGAGAACGAUUCCUCUGAUGCGUUCUGGUCGAGGCUGCGGGAAGACCGGAAUGAUGAAUCAAAUCGUGUCGGGGAUACUUGCACCCACCGGCGACCCAUGUUUGCGGAGAAUGAUGAUGGUGAUGGACCGCUCCAGUACCCUGAUUCGGAUUCAGAUACGGAACUAUCUUCCAAUCCUCCUUCGCGGAGUCAUCUGCAACCAAACAACCAGAGUAAAGCCUUGCCACCAAUUGUUGAAAGACCGGAAGGAAGCACAUUACCCAACAUCGAACACCAGCGCCCAAAUGCAUCCAAAAAGUCCACUCGUUCAUCACUCACUCUCAUCCCUCGAAACUACGCCGUCCUCCCUGCCGAUACUAACCGCUUCCGUGUCGCCACGACAUCUACCGGCAAACGUCUCUAUUUUCCUCUCAAACGAAAGCAACCCUUAACCACCGCCGCUAUCGAUACCCGUGGCAACAAACCGCAAUUACUGGAAUCCUCCAUUUACAAAAUGAUGGAAGAGCUCGACGCCCAGCGGACAAGAGCCGCACAAGAGGAGUCCGCAAAGGCGUAUUUGAGGGAAGAAUAUAUGAAAAUGGGAGAAUCACCCCCAGAUUUUGAUCAUGAAGUUGAAGAGGUUGAAGGAGAUAAGGCAGGCAUUACGGUAACGGGGGAGGGGAAGAAAGGGAAGGCCAAGUUAUGGGUGGACAAGUAUGCACCGAGGAUGUAUGUCGAUCUUGUUGGGGAUGAGAGGAUCAACCGAGAGGUUCUCACUUGGGUGAAAGAAUGGGACUAUUGUGUAUUCAAGAAGCAUAGUAAACGCGCCAGUGCCAAAGGUACGGAGAAAGUGGAGCAAAUCCACAGCAAGGAUCAUUUCCACCGACCAGAUAAGAAGGUUCUUUUGUUGACUGGUCCGCCUGGACUUGGCAAAACCACGCUAGCGCACGUAAUCGCACGGCAUGCAGGUUACAGAGUUGUAGAGAUCAAUGCUAGUGAUGACCGCACCGGUGAUUCCAUCAAACAGCGUCUGGUCGGCGCCCUAGAGACCCAGUCUGUACUAGGAUCCCGUAAGCCCUGUCUAGUGCUGAUUGAUGAGAUUGAUGGUGCGAGUGCUUCAGGGCAGGGUGACCAAAAUUUCAUCAAGCUAUUGACAGAGUUUAUCCUUGGGGAGACUCCAAGUACUAAAAAGGAUGACGCUACGCAAGCGGCUUCGGGUACGAAUUCCAAAAAACCAACCAAACGCCGCGCUUUAAUUCGCCCUAUUAUCUGCAUUUGCAACGAUCCCUAUGCUCCUGUCCUACGACCCCUCCGUCAUCUUGCUCAUAUCGUCAACUUUCGCACACCACCAGUCAAAACCCUCGCCAAACGGCUCCAUGAAAUUUGCCGAUGGGAAAAUCUUCAAACGGAUCUGCGCACGCUAACCGCUCUGUGCGAACUAACUGACGGGGACAUUCGAUCCUGUCUUCAUACGCUACAGUUUCUGAAAAGACGAUGUAAGAUUUUAACGGUGGACGCUUUGGCAAAGUUGGAUAUUGGGAAUAAGGACAUGGGGAAAGGGUUGUGGGUUGUGUGGGAGGAGAUGUUUCGGGUUGGAAUAAAGAAAGGUGGCAGUGUGAGGGGGAAUAUGAAAGGAGCUGCUGAAGAGACGGGCCGGUACAUUCCUCGGCUCCACUCCAUCAUCACCUCCAAUGGAGAGUACGAAAAGAUCAUGCAAGGUUGUUUUGAAAACUACCUCCGCACAAAGAUCUUCGAUACUGUCUCCAGCACAGUAACCGUUACCGGAGGUUUACCCCAGACCAAAAUCGAACAAGCUCUCGAUUGGCUAGCAUUUUACGACCGAAUACAGUAUACCGCGCACGCCAAACAUAUCAUGGAAGUGGGUGGUUACCUACCAUACGCCAUUAUCAAUUUCCAUCGAUUCUUUGCAAGUGCCAAGAGAUUGAGACUAGAAUACCCUCGGGCAGAGGUUGCGACAGCGCUAGCGAAACAGUCCAACCAGAACAUAUUGAUCAACCUUCAGACUGGCAUGCCGCCCAUUGCCCGAAGAACAUGGAACCGUGUUGCAGUGAUCAUGGUAGAACUUGUUUCGUACCUGCUGAGAAUAUUAUCACCAGAAAUGAGGCCUGUGAAUAUUCAACUCUUAAAACCUUCCGAACGGCAAGACCUUAUCAGACUUGUUGAUGUGAUGGUCGGUUUGGGAAUCAGAUUUCGACAGCAGAAGGGCGAGGAUGGGUAUUAUGGAUUUCUUCUGGAUCCUCCCAUUGAUGUCCUCCUCAAAUCACUGACAGCUGGAUUAGGACGCUCGGUCUUGGCGGCUGUGCUCUCCGCUAAGCGGGUUCUAGGGGCUCCGUAUGCUGUCAAGCAGAUGGUUGCACUGGAGGUCGAUCGUGAAAUAUUGCGACGUGCGGAAGCUGCUGCUUUGGAGCGGGUCACGGCCAAGCGCGGUGCGCAAGGCGACACUGAAGGAGCCACAAAGGAAAAACCACCAAAGAGUAAACCGCCGAAACCAAAGACUUUCCAAGAAUAUGCAAUACAGCCACUCGAAGAUCGAAAGCCGGCUCGAGACUUUUUCGGUCGAUUGAUUAUCAUCGACGAGGCCACGAAUGACGGUGAGAACACCAUCCAAGGGCAAAAAGGGAAUGUUGGAUCAGCAUCCAAAGAGGCGCAAAUGAAGGCAAAAGUCCGGUUCUCUUACAACGAAGGGUUUUCUAACGCCGUCCGGAAACCUGUGUACAUAAAAGACCUUUUGUAAUGUGGAUAGAAUAUAGAACUGAGCGUAAACGUUUGCAUGAUGACAUUUAAAAUACACUUGCGGUGUUCAUUUAUUGAGAUAUCGGCAUAAACGGGAUGUUUCUAUUAUCGUAUGUCGCCCUUGCCAGAAGACAAUACUCUUUUAAGUAGACUUUU